AUGAGCGAUUACGGAGAUUAUGAUGAUAAUUAUUACGAUCAAGAAGAUUAUGGUGACCAUGAUGAACACGAUUAUCAUUACGAAGAAGAAGAAAAGAAGGCUAGUGAUUAAAAGCUUACUUUUGGUUAAUCACAUUAGCUUAGGUUGGUCAAAGAUUAUUUAUUUUGCAACGAAAUAAAAGAAAAUAUCAAAACUAUCUAAGAUACUUUAGGUAUAUCGUCAGGAAAGGCUUUAUGGUUAUUUUAAAAGGUAAACUAUGAUCUGAAUUUGGCAUAAAAUCCUACAUAGAAAUUAAUUGAUGAAGUUUACUCUUCAGCCAAAUAAGCAAAGAAAACUUCUGAGUGCAUCCUAUGCUGUGAUGAUAGAAACCUUUAUAGCUUAGAAUGCAAUCAUGAAUUCUGUUCAAACUGCUGGUCAUAAUAUUUAGAAGCAGGAAUUAAAUAAGGAUGUGAAUUUGCUUUAAUAAAGAAAUGCCCAAUGGAUAAAUGCAAGCAAAUAGUAGAUUUAGAUGUUUUUAAGAAAUUCCUGAAAGACUCUUCAUAUAAGCUAUUUGAAACUUUCUUAUGUUAAGAUUUUAUGGCUAGAAAUAAAAAAGCUACCUGUUGUCCUGGCAAAAAGUGCUAAAAUAUAAUUAUUUUAAAUUCUUACAAAGGCUCACUUUAAUCUUUUGAUGAAGCUUUCUUUAAUGUUUCCUGUGAUUGUACCUAUUCAUUUUGUUCACUGUGUCGUGACGAAGCUCAUAGACCUUUAAAUUGUUAAAAAAUGAAAGAAUGGUCAAGCUUAGUAGGAGGAAAAACUUCUGAAACAAUUGAUUAAUUGUGGAUUAAAUUAAACACAAAGAAAUGCCCUAAAUGUAAAGUUGACAUAGAGAAGAAUUAAGGUUGUAUGCAUAUGACGUGUAGAAAAUGUACUUAUGAAUUUUGUUGGCUUUGUAUGGGAGACUGGAAAAAUCACGUUGAUUGCAAUAAAUAUUCUGAAAUUCAUAAAAAAGAAUAAGACUAAAUAAAACAAUAAUCUGAAGAAGAGCUGAAGAGAUUUACAUUUUUCUCUGAAAGAUUUAUCAAUCAUAAAAAAUCAAUAGAAUUUGCAAUAAGGAAGAAGUUUGAAAUAGAAAAAAUUUAUAACGAUAUUAAUACUAAGUUAGAUACAGUAAUUAAUUUUGAUUUCUUAACAGAAGCAUUAUUGACUAUUAUAGAAUGCAGAAGAGCUGUUGCAUUCAGUUAUCCUUUGGCUUAUUAUAUUUCUAUAAGCAAAAGAAAUUUAGUUGAAUUCCUUUAGAAAGAUUUAGAAAAUAACUUAGAGAGAUUAGAUCAUAAAACGGAUUAAAAAAUAUAUGAAUUCCUAAAUGAAAAGCAAAGAAUGAUGGAAAAUGAGUUUUAUGACUUUUAGAGAGAUGUUAAAAAGCUCACUUUAACACUUAAUAAAUAUUUUGGAAAUAUGAUUGACUCAUUUGAAAAAGAAAUGCCUGAGUUAAGUAAGGUCUCCUCAUAUAAAGAAAUACCUACGUGGACAUGUGAUUAUUGUGGAGUUCCCAACUAGAUUGAUCAUAUUUUUUGUGAAAGUUGUUUUAUUGAGCGUAAAUGA